AUGGUUAAGCCAGGGAUCCAGAUGUGGACUCUUCUUGUCUUAUUUUUUGAGAUGUACAUGGGUCAAGUGUCCGCUUCUGAUAGCGCCAACUGUCCAAUCCAUUAUAUGGCAAGUGUUCCAGGCAUUCUUGAAUCUGGAUCAAAGAACAGGUUCUGUCUGAGUCUCUCGCAGCCCAGCUAUCGUGUAUUGGUGAAGGUCAUUCUGAAAGGCCUGGACAGCCAGAAGAUUCUGCUGAGGAAAGGAACCAGCAAUGGCUUCCAUAAAUGCUACCAGUUUUUGGUUCCUUCAGUGAAAGCAGAGGAGGAGCAACUAUUUGAAGUGUCAGUGAAAGGCGACAAUUUUUAUUCCAGAGAAAUCAAGAGAGUGCUGAUAAAAAAAUUUCAACCAAAAACAUUCAUCCAAACAGAUAAACCGAUCUACAACCAAGGACAAACAGUGGAAUUCAGAGUGGUCACACUGGGCACAAACUUGAAACCAGUCGAGGGACAUUAUGGUGCCAUUGUGAUUGGGGAUCCUCACAACAACAGGAUUGCACGGUGGACAAAUCAGACCGCAGCUGCAGGAACCAUUUUGCAGUUGUAUUACCCUUUGGGCAAUGAGGCCCUCGAGGGGUACUAUCGAAUUAUUGUACAAAUAGGCAAAAACAGGGUGUUUCACAGCUUCAAGGUCCAGAAAUAUGGUUUGCCUAAGUUUGACGUUGUAGUUACCAUACCUAAAGAAAUAAGUAUUGGGCAAGAAACCUUUGAAGUUACAGCAUGCGGAAAGUACACGUACGGAAAGCCUGUGAACGGAGAUGUUACACUCAGGAUCUGCAGACCUCAGAGGAACCGGAACUCCUGUAGAGCUCAGACCAGCUCUAAAAAUGAAGCCAGACUAACUUCUCUUUGCAGGACAAGACAGAAGCAGGCAUGCAACAAAGGCUGUGCCACAUUUGUCUACAAAGUGUCAGGUUUUACCAGACCUGACCCAAAGCCAUUUCUGGAUGUGUUGGAUGUCAGUGCCACAGUAGUGGACAGGUUGACAUGUGCUUCGUACACACAGUGGGAGAGGAUAAAGAUAACCUACCUCGUCGGAAGGUUGUUUUUCGAAAAGGUUCAGAAGACUUACACCCAAGGAACAAAUCUGGAUGGAAAAGUUAGAGUGGUGGACUACCUCGGCAAUCCUGUCCCUCAAAUGACGGUAUACCUUUUCGUGGGUAAAAAAGGCUCCCCUUGUGUUGUGGACACUUUAACAACAAAUCAUAAAGGAAUCGCCAAUUUGUCUCUUGAAACAGAAGAUUUCAGAGGGGAGAUGCAGCUCUAUGCAAGCAGCACAGACAACCUGGAGCCCCCGGAAAAAAACGUCCCCUAUUAUGACGUCGCAACGGUCACAGUUUAUGAAUCUGGUCCUGGUCCCUCAGCAUGCGGGUUUCUCAGAGUAGUUCCAAUUGACAGGCCACUUCGCUGCUAUAGACAAGAAGAGAUCACUAUUCAAUACAGUUUAGAGCAACAGUUGUUGAGCUCUCUGGACAUAGUAUACAUGAUCUUGUCCAGAGGAAUCAUAGUACACCAAGGAUUUGUUCACCUGCAUAUGGAUUACCCAAAAAUCCAGGCUGAAUUCUCCUUCAGUUUGACAGUGCGGACAGGAUAUGCACCUUCCAUCCAAGUUGUGGCGUACACCGUUCUCGAGUGUGAGAGAGUCCUCGCCCACAGUGAAAGGUUUUACACCGAGGACUGCUUUAGCAACCCGGUGUUGCCAAAGUUUUUACCUUCUCCAGUCUUCGCUGGUGAGGAUGUCAAAUUGUGCAUUAAGGCCAAGCCUAAUUCAGUAUGUGGGGUGAGCCUUAUAGAUCUGAAUGUACUCGCAAGGGCUGAUGUAAGCAAUCUGGACGCAAAUCAGAUUUAUGGAUAUCUGCCCAUCAAGAAACCAGAGCCUCUUCCCUCUGAACUUGUGGAUGAACCUGAAUGUGUAGAGGUGAAACCAAGGACCUCUUAUCUUGCUUUCACCAACCAAGAGAAAGAAGAUGCCAACACAGUUUUCACAACUCAAGGACUGCAGCUGCUAACAAACCUGCCCAUCCAAAACCCCACAUGUCUCAAACUGGGGGGAAAAAAUUAUCAUGAAGCUAUGUUAUCAAGAAAGAUCAAACCCCAGUAUUCAGAAAGAAGGGCUUUGGAAAGGCGACCAAUUCCUGAUCCAGGAAGACUUUCAUACACCUGCUAUGAUGAGCUGGAGCCUGUGUACAAGCUUUCCACGGAGACGUGGCUGUUUGGCCUGGUGAAAGUUGGAGAGACGGGAAAAACCUGUGUGCCUUACGCCGUCCCCAACAUUGUCACCACCUGGAAUACAGAAGUCUUCUGCGUGUCACCUCACGCUUUUGGUUUGGCCCAUCCUGUACUGCUUAGUGUCUUCAAGCCAUUUUCGCUAGACUUCAAGCUUCCUUACUUCAUGAUCUGGGGCGAGAGCCUCGAACUGAAGUCGACUGUCCAUAACUAUCUGCCCACCUCACUCAAGAUCAAAAUUACUGCAGCCGCAUCCUCAAGUUACAUCCUUACUCCCCUGUCUACUGACCAGAGUACGUUUUGCCUCUGUGCGGGGGAGCACAAGGUCAUCCGCUGGACCUUCACUCCAACGUACUUAGGGGAUUUAACGGUCAGUCUGACUGCUGAGGCUGUAUCUUCUCAGACUUCUUGUUGCGAUAAAGAAGUGACGGUGCCAGAAAGUGGUCACAGCAUUGUGGUGACGCGGCCUCUCAAAGUGAAGGCUGUUGGAUAUGAAAUAAUAAAGACAUACAGCUGGCUGUUCUGUCCAAAAGGACACUAUUUAAGUGAAAAAUUGGAGACACAUAUCCCCGACAAUGUGGUUAGUGACUGUCUGAAGGCCAAAGUCUCUGUUUCAGGUGACAUCCUCAGCCGGAGUGUGGAGAACCUGGGUGAUUUGCUGUAUCUGCCGUAUGGCUGUGGGGAGCAGAACAUAGCUUUCAUGGCAAUUGACACUUACAUCCUGCACUACCUCCAAAAGACUAACAAGCUGUCCCAAGAAACUGAGAAGAAGGGAAUCAACUACCUGAUUACUGGCUACCAGAGACAGCUGGCCUACAGGAAGAAGACGGGUGCAUUUAGCACAUUUGCAAAGGGAGAGGAGAACACUUGGCUCACUGCCUUUGUGAUGGUAACAUUUUACAAAGUUCAGAGCUUUAUCUACAUUGAUCCCAAGAUUAUUGAGGAGGCUCGGAAGUGGCUGGAAUGCCAACAGCGGGACAAUGGUUGUUUCAAAGUGUCCGGAAAACUCUACAACAACUAUAUUAGGGGUGAUGUUCCUGAUGAAGUAACAGUCACUGCCUACGUCACUGCGGCCUUACUUGAAACCAACGUACCAGCAGAUAAUCCUAUGGUGAAGAAGAGCUUGUCAUGCCUGAAGGACUACAUCUAUGAUUUCAGCAACACUUAUACUACAGCUCUGCUUGCAUACGUCUUCACGCUGGCAGAAAACCUGGAGGCUCGCAGUAAGCUUCUGCACUACCUUGACUCGGUCGCUAUAAAAGAGGGAGACCUUCAACACUGGUGUUUGACACCAAAGCAAAACCCAUGUCCUCUGUGUGUGGAGAUCAGUUCUUAUGUACUGCUGGCCAAAGUCGGUGACUCUCUCUCUGAAGGAGACCUGUCCUGCUCCUCGAAUAUCAUCAGGUGGCUUAUUAAGCAGCAGUCCUACUACGGAGGCUUCGAGUCCACCCAGGACACAGCAGUGGCUAUUAAAGCUAUGACCCUCUACAACGCCAAAGUUUUGAAUCGAGAAGGUUCCACCUCUGUGACUGUGUCAUCCCCCACUGGUCACCUGUCAUUCCAAGUGAAUCAGAACAACAAGCUGGUCCACCAGGAGCUGAUGCUGCAAGAUCUGAAAGGAAAGUACUGGCUGAGGGCUGAGGGCACUUCAUGCUCUGUAGUACAGGUUACUUUUGUUUACAACAUCCCUGUUUCAGCCGUUGUCAGCAGUUUCAGCGUGGAAGCCAAAGUAGAGAUCCACAACUGCUGCCAUGACCGCUUAGUCACGCUGAAGCUGAAGUCAUUAUACAGUGAAGGCCGUAGCUCUACCAACAUGGUGGUCCUGGACAUUGCAGUGCCCUCUGGAUUCUGGCCUGUUCCAGCAUCCUUGUGGAAUCUAAAGAAGGGGGCGUUGGUGAGCAACGUUGAAUACAAGGACGGUCAUGUUUUUGUGUACCUACAGGAGUUACAAAAGGAUAUUCCUGUGUUCCACGAGUUGGAGAUGAUUCAGGAGUAUGAGGUGCAGCACCUGAGGCCAUCAACGGUCACCAUCUAUGAUUACUACUGUCCAAGUGUCAAGGGUGUGACAGAAUAUUGCGGAAAGAACUGCUACGAGAUAGCGAAUUCACAUGAUCACUAUCAACCUCAGGAAAACAGUUAUAAACCCAACUACCAAAACCGUCAUGACCACCAAAGACACCACCAUGACUCACAUUACCACCCAAGCCACCCGGGACCGCUCCCACACAGAUACCACAGCCGACUCCGCCACCGCCACCACUUACGUCCCUUCCACCACUAUAGGCAUGGCAGCUACAAUCACUAUCACAACUACCCCAGAUAUGACUAUGACUAUGACUAUGACGAUGAUUAUUACCGUGGCUAAAACAAGGACUCAGUCGUCCAAUAGGCAUGACAGUCUCUGUUUAAAAAUCAGCUGGCUAUUAUACUGGCCACAUACACUGUUCAAACUGCAAAUUUUCUGAUAUUUUGCUAAUUAUUCUAUUUUUUUAGAUCGCAGCCAUCCUCAAGGUCAUCAGUGAUUCAGACAUUAUCUAAACACCUGCUGUUUUUUAAAUGUUGUUUGGUGUUUAAUGUGUUCUCCUGCAAUCUAAGCUGAAAUAUAAAGAGUUUUGUGCAUUAUUAAAUCUAAACAUUAAGGGGCAUAAAAACCUAAUAAACUGAUUUGACUGAGACGAAAAA